AUGGGCGUUCGAGCUUUUUUCAAGAAGAGGUCACUCAAAGUCUCCGACGAUCGAGUGACCAAAGCUGCAGACCUUACCUUACGGGAGUCCAUCUGGCCUAUUGCACUUGUUACAGUCUUAUUCUUCCUUUGGGGCUUCAGCUAUGGUCUCCUGGAUACUCUGAACAAGCAUUUCCAGGUGACUUUGCAUAUCGAUAGGGCAAGAUCUGCUGGACUUCAAGCUGCCUACUUUGGUGCCUACCCGCUUGCUUCUCUUGGCCAUGCCGCGUGGAUCCUACGACACUACUCUUACAAGGCUGUUUUCAUCUGGGGACUCAGUCUCUAUGCUGUCGGCGCCCUGAUCGCGAUUCCCUGUAUCAAAGCAAAGUCCUUUGGAGGUUUCUGUGCAGCAAUUUUCAUCAUCGGUAACGGCCUUGGGUCUCUUGAGACAGCUGCCAACCCUUACAUCACUGUCUGCGGUCCUCCUAAAUAUGCCGAAAUGCGAAUCAACCUGUCACAAGCCUUCAACGGCAUUGGCUCGGUCGUUGCACCUGUUCUAGGCUCUUAUGUCUUUUUCAACUUUGACGACGAAAAGGCAUUGGCGAAUGUGCAGUGGGUGUAUCUUUCCAUCGCUGUGUUCGUCUUGCUGCUCGCCACCUUGUUUUUCUUCACGAACAUUCCUGAGAUCACCGAUGCUGAUAUGGCACAGCAAGCCGAAUCCUCUAACUCCGAAACUCACGAUAAGCCACUUCGCAAGCAAUACCGACUCUUUCACGCCUCCUUUGCUCAGUUCUGCUACUGCGGAGCUCAGGUGGGUAUUGCAAGCAUGUUCAUCAACUAUGCCACCGAAACGAGAAAGAAUACCAGCGAUUCCACCGGCUCCAAGCUUUUUGCAGGUGCACAGGCUACAUUUGCUGUCGGUCGCUUCUUCGGCGUCUUCCUCAUGAAAUACUUCAAGCCUCGCCACGUCUUCCUCGCCUUCUUGAGCAUGUGUGUGAUUUUCCUCUGCCCUGCGAUUACAGAGAAAGGCAAUACAGGAAUCUCGAUGCUCUACGUGGUGCUGUUCUUUGAGUCCAUCUGUUUCCCAACGAUCGUGGCUCUUGGCAUGAGAGGACUUGGCCGACACACCAAGCGCGGUAGCGGAUUCAUCAUUGGAGGUGUCAUUGGUGGGGCUUGUGUUCCCCCUCUUACUGGCGUGGCUGCAGACAGGCACGGUACAGGAAUGGCCAUGGUUGUUCCUCUGGCAUUCUUUGUGGCUGCUUGGAGUUUCCCAUUCUGCGUCAAUGUUCUGCCUAGCUACAAGAAGGGAAUUGAUGCCUUUGAGAACACUGCAACCGAACCAUCCAGCAUCGCCGAAUGGGGAGAGAAGGGUAGCCAGGACGAGCAACGCCAUGAGACAGUGGUUGGGGAGGUCAAGGCAUGA